UUAUGCUUCUUUCCCUCUCUCUCAUGCUCUCUCUUUAAGUCACUUGCUCCUCUCCUCUCCACUCCACACAAAUCAAACCCAGAAGACACUGUUUGCUGAUCAAACAAAUCAUGUACUAUCCCCUCAGUUCUUAUUCAAUCUUGUUCUUCCUCUUCUCCCUAUUCUACCAUCUUCCUUGUGCUUCAAGUAAACAAGGACUUGGGUGGUGUGAGUCUCUGUUUCAGUGUGGGAACAUCACUGCUGAUUUCCCCUUUUGGGGCGGGAGUCGUCACAAACCUUGCGGUCAUCCGUUGCUAGAGCUUCACUGCAACAAUAACAACAUCACCUCUUUAUUCAUCUCAAAUCAAGAGUUCUAUGUUCGUCAACUAAAUCAAACUUCUAACAUUCUUACGCUUGCUAGAUCAGACCUUUUAGGUUCUUUUUGCUCCUCAUCUGCAUACAAUACCACAACCUUGCCUCCCGAAAUCUUUGAGCUUCCCCCAACUUAUAAGAGCCUAACCGUUUUAUACCACUGUGAUCCAAAGCUUUCUUACCGCUCGAGUUAUACAUGUCCUGCUCUCGGUACUUUUUCAGUGUCUCAAAGCCUUGAGUACCAGUAUUCUUGCCAAAAAAAUUUCUCGGUUAAUGUUCCAACGAGUUUCAAUCCAGAAGAGAGAGGGUUGAAUUUGACCAAUUUAGAAAGUGUUCUAAGAAAAGGUUUUGAUGUGAAGCUGGCGAUUGAUGAGAUACCGUGUCAAGAAUGUUUAUCCACUCGUGGAAUCUGUGGUUUCAACAGUACCACACAGAUUUGCUGUAACGUAACCUCACCAUCUGGCGGAGUUACUUGCGUACCACAACAUCAACCUAGUGCUGAUGAGCUUUAUAGACGAUGCAGUGAAGGUUUUAGCUGUGGCAGUCAGAUAGGUCUCAAAUACCCCUUAUGGAAACCUGGCAGAGAAGGCUGUGGCCACCCCAACUUCAAGCUCAACUGUAGCGGAGGAUUCCCAGAGCUUAACAUCGCCUCUGUUAUAUUCAGAAUCCUAGACACAUCUUACUAUUCUAUAAGACUCGCAAGAUCAGAUUAUAUUGGCGAUUUUUGUCCCGCAAACCCACUAAAUGCGCCAUUCAUCGAAAACGUCCUUCCAGUCCUACAAUUCACUGCUGACACAGAGCUUCUAACUUUAUACUACGGCUGUCGAUUCAAUUCAUCGGAUAUUCCUCCUAACAUUUACGCUGGAGAGCUUGGUUGUGAUGAGGGAAGAAGUUACUAUGUGACGAGAAACCUCUCCUCUCCUUUACUUGACACGUCUAGAGGCCUUCUAAACAACUUUAGGGAAAUGUGCAAAAGAAACGUCAGUGUUCCUGCGUCUGGACAAGCGUUAUACGAUCUGCAGAAAAGUCCAAAUCCAGAUAAUCUGAAGAUGGCUCUUGAACAAGGUUUUACGCUUGAAGUUAACUCAGAUUGCCGAAGGUGCCUACACUCUUACGAUACUUGCGGAUAUAAUCAGACUUCAAGUGAGUUCGUGUGCUAUUGUAAAGAUGGUAAAUGCAGAAACGAUGAUGAAGGAUUUUUUCGUCGGCAUCAAGGCGCUAUAAACGAUGCUCUUGUGUUCAUCCUAUUUUUUAUAGGUUUGUGCUCACUAACAGGUGUUAUUGCGUUCCUGAUUUUAUUGUGCCCUUGCUUCAGAGUCAAAAUUUUUCGAAAGAGAAAAACAUCAGAUGAAGUGAGACAAGAGAAGCUGAAGUCCCUUAUUCCACUCAAACACUAUACCUAUGCCCAAGUGAAGAGAAUUACAAAGUCAUUUGUGGAAGUGGUUGGGAGAGGCGGAUUUGGAAUUGUUUACAGGGGAACUCUUUGUGAUGGACGUAUGGUUGCGGUGAAGGUCUUCAAAGAAUCAAAGGGUAGUGAUGGUGAAGAUUUCAUCAAUGAAGUUGCAAGAAGAGAGAGGAAAAAAACAGAGAGGAGAAGAGAUAGAGUGAGUCGGUUUUGUCCGCUAGGUGCUUGUGCAAUGGUUGACGGAGUUCCAGGGGUUGACGUUGGAGCCUUUGCUAUAACGGGAGGUAGUGGUGGCUCAUUGACAUCAGCAUCUGUGAUUAUUAGGUUUGGAGCUUGGGCUGGAGGUAAGGACGAACGACUCACAACAGUUAAGAGGCUACCGGGUUUAAGAGUGGACAUGUAAGCUGUGAAAGGGAACUCGGUGAUGGUUCCAUUGAUACCGGCUCCAUAGAUAUAUGUGUUUAUCUCAACAGUUGCAUCUGAAAAGAAGUCAAAUGCUUGAGAGACAAACUCAUUCUGAAAUAGUUCCACAUAAACCGGGAGCUGAGACUUCUGCAGCCUCUGCACAACAUUGGUUUCUCCAGUGAGGAAGAAAUCAGCACUAGGAAAGACUGAAUCUUUGUUGAUGACAACAGCGUUAGCGAACUUCUUUAUGUUUUCGAUGGCCGAGUCAUGAAUAUUACCAAUGGUUUCUUCAAUUUUGUAGACAGUCUCGUACGUGCCCUGAUUCUUGAAGUCAACUAACACCGAACUGUUGGUUGAUUGAAUCAUUACCUUUGUGGCUGUACUAUUACUGUAGCCAGUAUCUGUGAGUGUAUCAAGAACCGCUUUAACCAUG